AUGGCACCCCGACCAGAACUCAAAGCAUUGGAUCAAGAUGUCCUCAAACCACCCAAGGAUCGAACUCUGCGAUUCCGAGAAGAUGGAACAUUUCACAUUGAAGUCUUUGAGGACUUGCAUUUCGCCGAAGACGACGAAAAAGAUGAGAAGUCCAAAAAAGUGAUGUCGUAUAUUCUCUCAGAGGAGGACAUUGACUUCGUAGUCAUAAACGGCGACCUGGUAUCCGGCGAAAGAACCCAAAAAGCCGACUCGAGCAAAUACAUCGAUUCGGUCGUUUCCCCACUUGUCGAUCAGGGCUACAGAUGGGCAUCGACCUACGGCAACCAUGACAGCGCGAUUAACCUUAAUCCGAAAGAUGACAUGCUCAAGGCAGAGAAUAAAUACCCCAACAGCUUGACACAGAGUAGCAUAUCCGGCCACAAGGCUGGGAUAACGAAUUAUUAUCUGCCUGUCUUUUCACAUGGACAAGCGAAUACCAGCACACCCGCGCUACUACUGUGGUUCUUUGAUUCGAAGGGUGGGCAUUAUUAUAAAAAAGAAGGGGAAGACGGGCCUCCUGUUAAGAGACCCAGUUGGAUUGAUGAAUCGGUCGUUGAUUGGUUCAGUGAAACCAAUCAUAAACUGAAAAAGAAGUAUGGGAAAGUCAUCCCUUCGCUAGCAUUCUACCACAUACCGGCCCACGCAAUGCUUGCAUAUCAACAAAAAAAAGGCGUAAAUCCACGUCUGACGCCCGGCGUGAAUCGCGAGCGGGUUAAUCCGCAAGGAACUGGCCAAUGGAGCUAUGAUAACCAAGACGUCAAGUUUAUGAACGCGCUCCUUCACACAGAGGGCUUAAUCGCAGGAUUUAGCGGCCAUGACCACCAAAAUGAUUGGUGUUUUAAAUGGGACGGCUCUCUUGUGGACCACGAUCUAACCGGUAAUGGUAUCAAUAUGUGCUAUGGUCGGCAUACAGGAUAUGGCGGCUACGGUAAUCUGGUCCGCGGUGGACGGCAAAUAUUACUGCACGAGGGCAAUCUGGCAAACAAUACUGAGACGUGGAUUAGAUUGGAAGAUGGGUCGGCUCAGGCUCAUGUGACGCUGAACGCAACAUUUGGCCAGGAUACUUACCUUGCUGUUGCUAAUGGUGUUGGGAAGCACAAUACCUAUGCGCAGGGCUCUUUGCUUCACAUGACUUGGUUAUGGGUCCCGAUUAUGAUGCUCUGGCGCUGGAGGAUGUAA